UACCGUCAGUCGGAAAGCAAAACUCGUCAAGAUCAAACGGUUUUCCUCAGCUUGCGGUUAGAUUUUAUCUGAGACAUCAUCUUCACCGGAGCGAAGGCCUGUGUGUGGUGCGCGCCCGUGUGUGCCUACCUUGCCUUGCAUAUCCUUUCGGAAGAUUACCUCUGUGUUGUAGUGCUGAAUCAUCGGAGGAUAUCCGGCGAGGAUUCCCCUCCCGAGAAAGUGAACGAACAAAUAUAGGGAAAAAUUCCGGAACUGUGAUUUGUGAAAGAAUUUCAUGCAGCGAGACACGUUUUUCUGUUGUCGAUGCUGAACAGGAUUUGGAUGUGUUAUGUUCUGGGAAACAUUGGAACGGUUAGAGCUUUUUCUUUCUGCUAACGAUACGUAUUUUUGAGGUGAAAAUUUUCGGCGAAGAAAGGAUUAUGUAAAGGACUGUGUUCGGAAACAGUACGGGCCGGAUCUCCAGUUGAGUCACACAAUCAUCCGAGCAGUGCGUAUAAAAAAUUGCGACAUCAGAUAUAAUUGAUUUUUCUCCUCGCGCACACACUCUCUGGUGGGAAGAUUCUUUUUUUUCGGAGGAAGCCAGCUGGAAGGUACCACAACUGCGAAGUGUUCUGAGAAGUGGUGGUGGAAUCGCCCGCAACUGCAAAGUGAGCGGAGAACCAGUUCCGUUUCACACCGAUACAUCUUCCGAUUGCCCCACUAACCCUUACCACUGGAAGGAAGUCGUCGUUACCACAUGCUAUCAACAUUCUCGAGAACCCAUGCAUUAUCCUGAUUGCCAGCUGAUGUCGUCAGCAAAGGGUUACUUGCAGCGAAAAAUGGGUUAAAUGGAUUGACCUAGGCCGGGUGUUGUCCUAUGAACCGUGCGGAAAUAUCCUGAAAACUUUGCUUCUAGCGAUUUUCUCAAAUCACACCAACUAUAGAAAGGAAAAAAAGAGGUUUAAUUCAAUUAAAACACAGACAGACCAAAGCAGUUCUCCUCGGCGAGCAGUAAGCAAUCUGUACCUAGUGUGAAUAGUUGGGGAGCUGAGAAAGGCAGGAGGGUAGGAAAGUGAAAAUUUCUUCUUCCGUGUAGUGCAAAAGUGGAAUGAGAGUGUGCAGAACUUUCGUCGGUUUUCCCAGCCCGCAGCGAAAAUAGAAGCAGAACGUCAAGAACACCGUGUUGAACGGCCGAACCGCAUUAAAGGUGACCAUAGAGUGUGCCCUCGGUAGAGAGUUUAAGCAGUCGCAUCGAUAGCGAACCAGCAAGACAGCGGGAGAGAUAGUUGGAGAGAAAGAGUAAGCAAUCUAAGAACCAAAAAAAGUGAGAGUGGGCGCCUCGGGAAAACGCAGAGAACAGCGCAGAGUUUUUCCUGUGGGCCUCGGUGAGAGGAAAACCUGACCCAUCACGGCAGAAGACUCACACCGAACGGAACCACCAGGACGGAAGGUUCGUCUUUUUGCCGGUAGCGCCAGCCUGGUGUUGAGUUUUUCUGUUAGUCGCCUGUACCCUGGAACGCGUGUGAACAGUCAGCCCGUCGUCAUCCAGGAAAUCAGUGUAUUCGGGAUUUUUCUUCUGUUUUGUCUGUGGGUUGUGUUCCCAAUUCGGGGAAAAAUUAGGUAACUGCAAGGUGAGCACUAAUAAGCCUUUGGUAGGAGGUUUUUUUUCGGAAGGCGAAUGUCCCUAGCCAAAGGAAAAUUUAGUGGAAAGCAGAAGGAAAAUCAAUUUACGUGUGUAGUUGUGUGGAGUUCUAUAUACUCUUGUUGUUCCAUUCCAUAGUUGCCGUGUGUACAUAGAGGAAAUAGGAAAAGAAAAAAAAACAAUACGAAGAGCCUGCUUUAGUACUUCGCUCUUAGCCGCAGUGGAACGUUAAUUAUAUAAGAAUAAACUUGAUUUUUGAGUGUUUUUCUGUUGGUUAAAUUAGAGGAAUUUUUAGUGCGAAAUGAUAAUUGGAUAAGUGAUAUUUGAAACAGUUUGGGCGAACGAAUCCAAGAGAAACCGUCUGGCCGAGUUAGAAACAUCGAAAAUUAAUCAUCAGUGUUCUACCAGUGCUUAAAUACGUCGAAGUUGGCAGCAGUUAAAUGUUGAAAUUAUAGUUCGUAGUUCGCUGGCAAAACUAACCAAUACUAAUCGGUAUUUGCAAUUGUUAUCAAUGACGCCUACAUUUAGUUUGAUUGUUUGUCGUGUUCGAAUAACUACCGAUUUUGGAAAAUACAAUUAAAGGGACUUGUCCAACGUAGAUCCGAGUUUCGAUGAGAGAAGGGGUAUGAAGUGUUGAUUACAAUUUACGAAUCAGCGAAAUUUGUCGGGUGUAGAAUAUCGGUGCGCAACAACGAUUCAACGAUCAAAAAAUAAAAACCUUAAACAGAUUGGGUAAACACUACAGCAAAAAACACACACAAACCAGUGAGUGGAAGAGACCGCAAAGGUCAGCGAAUUGAAUCUGCCCUGGCGCGGUUGAACUGUGAUGGUGCUCUACGUGAAGGAUUUCUAUCGUAAGGAGCCCGACCGGCUGAGGCGGCCGCGACUCGUGUAGCUCUGCCAUGAACAAGCAUCUCUGGAAUAGCGAUACAUCCUGGGGAUGUGUCCAGGCGUUGCUGGCGCUGAUCCUGACCAUCCUGCUGUUGCCUGGUUCAGGUGGCGCUCUGGACCCCGGCAUCGAUCUGCUCGACGCGCUAAGUUUACACACAAAUUCAUCCCAAUCCCAAGGGGUUACAAUCACACAAGAGUAUCAACAUCAAAGGGUAUAUCAUUUGUCAGGUGGCGAUCGAAAUCUUGUCCUUCCGACUACGGUUUUUCACCGGGCUGUAGACAGGAUGAAGCAGACGUCAGAUUUUACGUUUGCCGUCGUCCUGAAGCAGGAGCAAGCUAACUCUGGGACCAUCGUUUCCUUUUCAAACGGAAACAAUAGGUAUUUAGAAUUACAAUCAAGUGGAAGACGUGACGAAAUACGUUUUCAUUACACACACAUAACAGCAGCGGGCGUGUCGCAGAUGCACACCGAGUCCUUCCCGUAUCGACUCGCGGACGACGCCGAGCACAAGGUGGCGCUAACGGUCAGCGGCACCGAGGUGCAGCUGUACAUCGACUGCCAUCCACUGUAUAAACGAGUGACACAUUUUUUACCAGAUCGAAAUUUUAGUGCUUCCAAUAUGCAAUUAUUCGUCGGACAAAGAAACUCAAAUAGUCAUUAUUUAUUUAAGGGUGAUUUAAAAGAUUUACGUAUUAUCACCGGCCCGUACGGUUAUUUAUCACAAUGUGAACUAAUGGAUGCACAAUGCCCCACCUGCGGGCAGUUUUUAGAGUUAGAGAAUGCUUUAGUAGAAUUAAAACAAACCUUGUCGCUGUUAACAAAAAGGCUAGUGGCUGCAGAGAUGCGUGUCUCAUAUAUAGAGGAAUGUGAUUGUAAAAAAUCAUGCCUAAUUAAUGGUACAAGUAAAAACGAUGGUGAUAUAUGGGAUAUAGGUUGUAGUCAGUGUAAAUGCGAGCGUGGCGUCGUCACGUGUGGUCCAAGACCAUGUCCAGAGGUUAAGUGUAAACAUCCAGUAUUAGAUGAGGGUGAAUGUUGUCCUAAGUGUUUAAAAAAUUGUUACCUUAAUAAGAAAGACUACGAACACGGCGAGAAGCAGGUCCUAGGCUGCCGAAACUGCUCGUGCAUAGAUGGCAAUAUGAUGUGUGAUAUGGUGGAGUGUCCGGAGCUCAAGUGCCCCCCGGAGCAGCAAAUGUCGGUGACGGACGAGUGCUGCAAAUUCUGUCAAGAUACUCCACAUAGGCGAAAAGUACGACGACGGCGUACGCACGGCAAACGACAACAUCACAAAAAUAAACACUCACAGAAACAGAAAAACGAAGUGGUUCAGUCAAAAGAAGACAUCGACGAAUGCGCUCAACAAGGUGGUCUUAAUGGUAAUCACUGCCAUCUGAACACGCGAUGCGUCAACACGUUCGGUUCGUACGUGUGCGAGUGUCUGCCCGGCUACCGGCAGCUAGACAAGUUCAACUGCGUCGAGGUGGACGAGUGCAAGUCCGGAGAGCACAGCUGCCAUCAGCACGCGGACUGCAUCAACACGGCCGGUUCGUACCACUGUCGCUGCAAGCUGGGCUAUCAGGGCGACGGGUAUGACUGUAAACCGGUGUGUAACCAAACCUGUCUGAACGGGGGCGAAUGCCGGACACCCGGGGUGUGUACCUGCCGUGCGGGUUACGUGGGCGAAUCCUGCGAGAAGGAUCUGGAUGAGUGUGCGACCGGAGUGCACCGGUGUAAGGAGACAACGAACUGUGUUAACAUGCCAGGAUGGUACUUUUGCAAAUGCAAGCCUGGAUUUGAAACCAAAGGGAAAGAUUGUGUAGAUAUAGAUGAGUGCUAUUUGAACACGCACAGCUGUCACCUGACGGCGCGAUGUGUGAAUACGCAGGGACAUUUCGAGUGUGUGUGCCCGGCGGCGGCGGGUACAGGCGAAGUCAGCAGCAGCAGUAGCAGGGGGUCAUGGUCAACUGCCGACUGUAGGUUAAGUUGUAUGUUUGAGGACAGUGAGAUUCCCGACGGUGGACAGAUCUCACCCCGGAACCAACCGUGCAAGGUGUGCACCUGUUCGAAGGGGGUGAUCAGCUGCGUGGAACCACCGUGCAACUGUUCGAAUUGGAGGCGGGGCAGCGCGCGAGAUCUGUGCUGUCCUCAGUGUGAUCCCAAAGAGUCCUGUCAGCACCAGGAGCUGAAGCAUGUGACGUUCCGCAGUGGGGAGCAGUGGAUUUACCAGUGUCAGACGUGCGAGUGUCUGUACGGUGAAUUCGACUGUUGGAAGCUGGAAUGUCCACCGCUGACUUGUGAUAAUCCCCUACCACUGGGAUCGGAUGAAUGCUGCCCUCGGUGUCCGGACGAUAUGUGCGGCUUCGAUAACGCAACCGCCAACGGGAUCACUGGGGGAAGCUCUUGUCUGUACGAGCAGCACAUUUAUACCUCUGGACAGACGUUCAAGUACCCGUCCAGAGAGUGUGCCACCUGUUCCUGUAAGGUCCCCUACUGUGCCCAACUGGUGAGCAAUUCCGCGUGUUGUGUGCAUCGGACGGUAAGAUCACCUGCCGUUACGAUGAUCAUUGUGUUGACGAUGAACUACGAAAGAUUGAAGAGCCUCCUGCAAAUGAUAGUGUUAAGAGUAGUCUUUCUAAUGAUAAACCAUCGCAAACAACGACCCCAAAGACAUCACCACAAUCAUCACCCCAGCCAGCAGCAGUCAACAGCGACAGGGACAGUGCAACAGCGACGAUCCCACCUACGGGUUCAACCUCAGAACAAUCAAUCCCAUCAAGCAGCACUGCAACCGCAGCGAUACCAAAGCCAAGUUCAACUUUCGUCACUUCUGCUACUCAGCAACACCACCAACAGCAGGACGACGUCACGUCCGCACAACCUCCACCAACAGAGCACCAUCAAUCGCAGAAGUCACGCACUCGAAGUUCGGCUAACGCAGCAAAGAAGCUUCUCAAACGGUCGCUACCAACCGGUGCUGAUGGGCGAUUCGACACCACAUCGUCUUCAGCACCUCUCCGAAGGUAUAUUGGUAACUAAGUUCAUCAAGAGCAGUGAGUACACCCACAGCAGCGGGACGGUGAUGACCUAACCCAUCACCCAAGAUCAACCCCCGCCAAUCACAAUUCAUACCAUCAAUCACCCAAACCAUUGUUUCAGCUCUCUCGAAUCAAAUACUUUCUUUCUCCACUGUAGGAAAAACCGAAUCUCUCUAAAUAUUAUGAGAAAAAACAGCUAAUCUUACUGUAGUUAUGUGUACAUUGUUUUGUAAUUUACUAGCGGCUGAACAAAUUUAAAGGUAACCCAAACCACAUACAUAGGGAGUUUUAAUCAAAAACGAAAUGAGAGUUAGAAAGUUCAAAUUCCUGAAGUUUUAAUCUUUACGCGAAACAACAAACCAACAAUGACAAAUAACGCAAAAGCGCCCAAAAUUACCAACAAAAACUCUAUACCAAAAUCAAUCCAAAAUGUAUGUCGUUUAAUCUCUCUUUAUCUAUUCCGUUUCCCUUUCUCUCUAUAUAUACAUCUUUCUUCUGAGGCAAGCGCAUCAUAUAAAAACUAAAGAAAAAAAAACCAACGGCUCAGUCAAACACAUAUUAAACCCAUUUCGCUCGUUUUUCGAUGCCCGUUUUAAAACGUAGUCACCAGUGACAGCAGAAAAACCAAAAAAACAAACAAAUAGUUUAUUUUUGCAGAAGCGAUAAAACUAGCAAUCAGUGAAAAUUUUGGUGAUACCUACCUUUUGAGAUGGACGUUUUCUGGGCGGGAAUAAAGUAUAUACGUAUGCAGAAAACGUGCGAGGUUAUGUUAGAAACCAAUAUUUUGAAUUUUCGAAAAUAACAUCAAAAUCGCAGCCAACUUCAGACUGCUUGUGAUAUAGAUGGAAACUGACAAGCGAAAUAAAUCCACGGCGCAGGGCUCUCCGCGCAACGAACGUCAUUGUUCCUUAACCUCCACGUUUUUCUGCACUGUUCAAACGGUCGUUCGACGCUAUAUACUUUAGCCUACUCGGAUAACAAAACCCCGCUCUCGAAAUGCGCAGAAAAAUACAUUCCUAUAAGAAGCAGACAACAUAAAACUUACACAGUUCACCUGCAGCUGAAAGUAUUACAGAAUGAAGGCAAAACAUGGUUACAACUGUAAAUAGUAGUUGAGUAAUAUAAAACCUUACUGUGUUUUGAAAAAAUAACUGGGAAUUGUCCUUGUUUGUAUAAUUUGAUUAUUUAUUGCACUCGACACUAAACACGAUACAAACUAACACAGAAUCGAACGAUUGUUUUCAACGAAACAGAUCAAUAUUAUGGAAGGGUACGAACAAAAAUACACACAAAAUGGAAACGAGAUCAAUGAAGAACAAAAUCGAGCGCAAUCGCUAUAAUAUUCUUUUAACACGACCACCCCGUCGAUUGUCACCAUUCUAGUCAAUUUCAGUUUAUGUUAAGUGUAACUUAUUUAUUACCAGUCUCUUCCCGGUACCAAAUCGUUCUAAUUAUUCUAAUUUUUAUUCUGUUAGGAAAACACAAAAGAAAAAAAAACACAAAAAAAACAUGCAACAAUCAAACAUUCGCUAGAGGAAGAAAUGAAAGUAUUCUGAGUAAGUAGAAAAGUGCAUUUUAAGUUUGCCGUUUCAAACAGUUGAGAGAACGAAAUCUGCUAGUGUAAAACAAACAAUCAACAUAGUAACAAUUAACGAAACAAUUGCAAUGACUGUCUGGAAUCCCCGCGAAACGAAACACAAUAAAAACUAAUAAAGCAAAUCCAAUAUGUCGAUUUUUUUUUUGAUAAGGUCGCAGCAGGCGAUGGAAGCGCGGGAUGAUAACCGAACGGAGGGAAGAAGUUUUUACAACAGAAACGCGAAUAAACAAAACCGCAAAAUAGGGCAAGAAAGAAAAGAAAUAUUAGUUCCUUCUGUCUAAUGUACCACAAUAAUAAUGUAAAUUUGUACUGGUUAGCUGGUAGUUUUAGCAUUGUAUAGAAUCUAAUGAAGAGAAAAGUUGAGAGAAAAUGCUUAUAAGUGUACUCUAGUGCUCGCGCAGUAUUUGUUUCUAGUAAUGUGGUUAUAAUUUAUUAAAACACUAACCGACUACUGCUGUAUUAAACCGAUCAUAGUUGAGUCGAGCAGGAUUGUAAAAAUAAAACAAGAGUCUAAACAAGUCAACUCAAUUUAGUCGAGUUCACUCUCCAUAGAAUUAGUUUGCAACACAGCCGUGAGUGCGUGUGUGUCACGCUUUUCCCCAGUUGCGUUAUUGUGUGUGUGUAAAUAGUGUACACAAGCUAGCGUUAUAAUGUUAGUUAUCUUUUUAAUUAUUUCGGCGAUUAGCAUUGAAUAACACACUGACACGGGAAAAAAAACCACAAACUUACAUUUAAACGCGUAAGUGAAAAUGCUCUCUUUCUUCAGACUGCAUUCGAGAAUACUCUCCUAAGUUUUCGGCCUUUUGAUGAUGAUAAUGAUGGGAAUAGAAUUAGCGUUGUAUUUAGUAAACAAAUGAAAAUAAUAAGAGAAGAAAUUAAAUGCAUACAAUAAAAUGAACUAAAAAAUUGACUUAAAAUAUAUCGUAGGAACAGAGAAAUAAAUUAUCAGCUGUCCUGUAACUAUUACUAGUUAAGUUUCUAAUCCUAGCGAGUAUAAAGAAAUUCCUGUAAAUAUUAGUUAAUAAAUAAAAAAUUACAAAAACAAAAACAUUAGAAACUGAGCAGAACAGAAGAUUGAGUUAAAAGUUUGAAUGCAGCAUAGAAAGAAACGGGAAAAAAUUACUUCGGCAAAGAAAAUCAAAUCGAUUCGUUAGUACAGAAGCAGACAAAAGCAAACAUUAUGAACAAAAAGGUACAGUGUAUAGUGUUUAGAAAAUUGUAAUUUUAUUUGGUCUUUAUAUUUAUAUUAAAUAUAUAUUUUAACAAUUUCUUUUAAUAAAAACAAGCCAAUUAAAUGAACAAUUAUCCAACGAAACAGA